CAAAAACAUUGAGACGACGCCAAUUCUGCCGAAUUCUGUCUUCUAGUAAUAAUAAAGCAUUUGACUACUACAGGUACAGCCAUAUGUAAAGGGGUCCAAAACACUUGCUAGCUAGCUUGGUAUUGUUGUAAGGAUCCCACUGUCAUUCAGGUCGCUGGUGUAAGAAGAAGAAGAGCUGUAAAAUGAAGAAGAAGAAACCCAAAACAUCCUCCCUUUUUGGAUUCGUUGCAGUUUUGUUCUGCAACUUUGGCACUCCACAAUGGCAGUGGCAAUCCACAGCGUUCCAUCCUGCAACAGGCCAACGGCCGCUGAGAUCCUUUCUAACAAGACAGUCUCCCUCAACGGCACUCUUUCUCCAAAAAGAAGAACCAAUCGAACUGACAUCCUACCAAUCAGCUCUCUGUAUCAUUCCUCCCGAUGAAUGCUGGGAUACGCUGCAACGAGCCCGUCAUUUUGCAGGAGAUCAAGCAUAUCAUCAAUGGCCUCCCGCGAUACGGUUGUUUCAUCCCUUUUGUCCUCGCGACCAGUCGUCCGAGUUGGCAUUGGAAGUGCUUUCCAAAGUAGUCGAACGCCACAAUAUUCAACCCUUUUCCAUUACACUCAAUCGAUGGACGGUCAUGCCCGUUCCAGAAAACUUGUCGCCGUUGCGAUCCACAACAGACGAAGAAGAAGAUGUGUCACUGGAAGACGAUGAUUCUCCCAUUCAAAUCGACCCGAACUAUGAGGAAAUUCAAGAGCUCAUAGCCGAGGAAGCAACUGUGGGAGUAGAACGAAAAAAGCUACGAGAAUUCAGACGAAAACAAAAAAGUAUCCUGAAAGAGCUGGAGCAACACAACAGUAACAAUACACUAGGCGAUGAUUCGUUUGAAAGAACCAUUGCAGCACUGCUUGCCGCACCCGAAGAAGAGGAAGAAGAAGCACCACCGCCAACACCAGAACCCCCGCAACCACCAGUCGACGAAUUCAAUGGACCUGCCAUUAUUGCCUUGGAACCAGAUGAACGAAGCAGCCAGAAAAUUGCAAUGCUCAGAGAGCUACUACGUCUGGAACUAGCUGGAGAUCAUCAAGCUGCGGAAGCACUAAUAGAGAAGAAUCGCUCUCCUAACGUGUGGGCAGGUGGUUUUGAUGAUGACAGUGAUGAGGAACAACAAUUACUGCAAGGUGACGACGAACAGGAUCCCUUUCGACCGUUGAUACCCAUGGGGCGAUUUCCAACUACGGAUGCUGCUCUGCAAACAGCACGAAAGCUCAAGGGAUUGUGGGAUCCCUUGUCUUUUGAAGUUACAGAGUUGCAUUGUAUCACUCAAGCUCAGAGAACAUUGACAGCAGAAACCAGCAACAACAUUCAUCGCAGAAUACAAGUGGAAAGAGAGCUACCAAGCAUUCCCUUUGGCUGUGAUGCCAUGGUUAUGCUGAUGGGAGAAGAGCUAGAAAUGGAUGAUGAAUCCAAUCAACUACUCGCGAAUCACGUUUGGGAGGAGGGCAAUCUAGGUGGAUACUUUCAGGAUGAACAAAGCAUGGAAUCGCCACUGGAUGCAGCAGAAGAGGACGACUCGGACGAAUUUACUAACAGAUACCAAGAACGAAUGGAUUCCUUUGAGAGAAAAUUGGACACGAAAGAGGGGGAUUUUGAGGACCUGAUGAAUUGGCUCGACGGCGACGAAGACGAUGAAGACACGGAAGAACUCAUUGGGACGUCAAUUGUCAUUGGAAGAACCCACUUGUUCUCCGGCGAAAAACGAAUCUAUGCAGGAAUGCCAGCAGCUAGCGCGUCCGAAGAAAGUGAAACAGCAUUCAUCUUGGGAGGUGGCGGCUUGGGCUCGGAUAGCUUUGCAUCGUCCAUCUUUGACGACUUGGACUUUAAGCUGCAAUGA